AUGGCGGAUGGAGUUUUUAACUGUAAUUUGUCGGUCUUAGUAAAUGGUAGUCCCACUGAUGAGUUCAAAUUUGCGGAUGAUACAAUCUUGGCGGGCGAAGGUACUUGGAGUAAUUUGUGGGCUAUAAAAGUUAUUCUUCGUGGAUUCGAGAUGGUGUCAGGUUUACGUGUGAAUAUGUUGAAAAGCAAGCUGUAUGGGAUUGAAAUUGAACAUUAUUUCCUUCAAGCGGCGAGCCAGUUCCUGUGUUGCAAAGUGGAUAGCAUCCCAUUUAAAUUCUUAGGGGUGGUCGUAGGUGGUAAUCCGAGAAGAGCAAGGUUUUGGAAUCCAAUCUUGGAUAACAUGAAAGCAAAAUUGUCACCAUGGAUAGGAAGAUUAUUAUCCAUUGGUGGAAGAGUUGCACUCAAAAAAGGUGUGGACUGGAUCAGUUGGGCAACAGUUUGUAAGCAUCACGAAGAUGGCGGCCUAGGUGUGAAAGACCUGGAUUUAUUCAAUAUUGCGCUACUAACAAAAUGGUUAUGGAGGCUACUGAAUAACCAUGAGCCAUCUUGGAAAGGGAUCUUAGAGGCAAGGUAUGGAACUUUUCAUGCAAGGAUACUGUUCAAAAGACAGUUUGGUAACAAAGCUAUGGAAUCAACUUGGUGGAGAGACUUGAUGAAAAUUGCAGAUAAUAGUGAGGCUACAGGGUUUACAAAGCAGCUAUCGAUCAAAUUAGGCGAUGGUGUAAAUGAGCCUUUUUGGACUAUUCGUUGGAUUGGUCAGAGCCCGCUAUGUGAUACAUUCCCAGUGUUGUUUCAAGGUGUGGAAAAUAAGAAGGCUAGUGUGCAGGAAAUGGGAGACUGGGUAGAAAAUAUUUGGCAGUGGAGGUGGGAAUAA